AUGUUUAUCGCGUUUGAUUCCUCACAGUCGCAGAAUGGAGAGGAAGGUCUGCGUAACCCCAAGCGGUCUCAGGCGCACGAAAAAUCAAAUGCACAGGCGACAAGCCGUGUGAAUCCUGUCGCUGGUACAAAACACCGGAACUGUGUGCAUAUCCAGAACGGCGACAGUCAUCAAGGUAAACCGCCCGAAUGCGUUGGCUCUUCGAAUUCAAGCAUAUGGACUAAACCAAGUAGCCACUCGGAAAAUUCGCGCACAUCGUUGAAACAAUAUCGAGCCGCGCUAGAAAGGCUGUUUCCAGAAAUGCCUCCAGAGGAAAUUGUCAAUUUGCCCCGGGCAGCGCUACUAGAGUUGAUGAAUGGCAGUGGGUCAGAAACAAGUCAGCAUCACGACUCGCCGACCGUCGCCGCUUCUAUACACGCCCAUAACUCGACAUUGUCUAUAGGACAGCCUGUAUUAGAGUCCUUGCAUUCGAUGCCCGAUGACGGUCUCGGUCAAGGCUUGUGUCCUAGUCGAGACGGGUCUCUAGAGCAGAUCUCUGAUGAUGUCAACGCGCUGUCCCUGUCCACUCGACAGCCGGCCUCGUACCUAGGAAUUUCGUCCACGCAAGCAGCCUUGAAGGUCAUCACAUGGCUGCUGCCGCUAUCCAAGCCAAAUGGAUCCACUGUCUUACCACAUAAUCGGGGCGACCAAACCGCAAAUCCAACCCCGUCGCUAAGUACACAAUCCGGCCACAUGCCCUCGGAAGGCGAAAUCCUAGACGCGUAUUUUGUCGACUUUCACAGUCUCGCGCCAUUGUUGGACGAGAAGUCAUUUCGCGCCACCCACUUUGUUGGGACCAGGAAAGAUAACCAGUGGCUAGCACUGUUAAACAUAGUGUUCGCAUUGGGUAGUAUCGCGGCCUCGGGCCCAGAUAACCACUCCCACAGGACCUACUUUGACCGUUCAAUGAAUCUUUUGAACUUGGCGACCCUCGGAGCGCCCACUAUUGAGACAGUUCAAACCCUUGGUCUCAUCGGAGGCUGGUAUUGUCAUUAUAUCAGCCAGCCAAACCUUGGGUACUCCCUAAUAGGUGCCGCUGUACGCAUGGCAGUCUCACUCGGACUACAGCGUGAGCCAUACGAUAGCCAUUUAGCGCUAGACCCGACGCGUACCGCCUAUCGGGAAUAUAAACGCCGUAUAUGGUGGUCCCUCUGCUGCCUGGAAACAUGGGGCCAUGAAACUCUGGGUCGGGCGUCUAUGGAUUUCUUUGCUCCGACCAUCACGGUCGCCAAACCUCGCUUGCUUGACGAGGGUAACUUUCUAGAAGUCCUUCCAUUAAUCGAAAAUAUCGAAUUUAUCAAAGUCUCCUCAAAAAUACAGGAAGCAUUAGCCUCCAUGCCAAUGAUCACAUCCGCGGAAAUCCUUGAUCUGGACUCAAAGCUUCUGCAGUGGUGGGAAAACUUACCCCCGGCUCUCAAAGAUCACGAACCAUGUCCUGAGUCGUUGUACACCGCGAGAACGGUGAUGCACUGGAGAUUUCAUACUCAACGAAUGCUUUUAUAUCGUCCAAAGCUUUUGAGCUACGCGAUGCGAAGGGUUCCUUUCAUGACCCUCAGGCUGGAGGAGCGAAAUGCCAUUCUUAAGUGCCGCGAAAUUGCACAAACUGCAAUUCAAGCAAUUUCCAUGGCGACGAGAUUAAAUCAAAUGAUCGGCUGGAACGGAGUCUGGUUCUUAUUUCAGGCAAUUAUGGUACCCUUAGUUUGUCUAUCUACUAAGCUGAGAGAUGAUGAUCCAGACGCUUUAUUUGCAUCCUGCAAGACACAGAUUGAGACAGCAAUGGUGACAAUCGAACGUAUGAAGCCCUACGGACAUACUGCACAACGCUCCUUGGAAGUCAUUUCGAGUAUUUUCGAAGCUUGUCUAGUAGGCACUGGUGCAGUUGAAAAAGCUCCAGAUACGACAGCGGAGUGUUUCGGCUUCCAAAAUAUCUCUCAAUUGAACGACGUUGAUCCUGACCCACCUGCGACACAAGAUCGAGUUUUGGACUGGACGAUGAUGUCUUUCGAAAGCCUUCCGCCACAAUCGAUGUGGGAAUUUUUAAGCUGGGGUGUUGAAGAUAUGUGGCCAGAAGCUCCGGGUCUUGGGUUCGAAAAUCAAGACUUUUCUAUUUUUCAAAUGCCAGUUCGUCAAGGAUGA